CAGCCGCCAUUUUCCUCCUCAUUCAGACCAGCGCGAUCAGACUAGCGGCGGGUCGCUGGUGCAUCCAGCCGCCCCUCCCUCCCUCUGUUUCCCCACUCUCCUCCGGCUGACGCAGAGCCGAAAAGGACAUCAGCUCUCCUUCCCACCGGCGGAUUCUCCAUGUAUGGAUGCGCCGAAAGACGAGUUUGACCAAAGACGGAGAGUCAAAUUAAAAGACACCCUGCUGUGGAGUCUGGAGGAAGGAUACUGAUGCUCUGUCGAAAGGACACCUAGUGCUCCCUUUGCCGUCGAAUAUAUCGAGGUUUUCUGAGGUAUCCAGUGUGUGAUAGCCACACCAAUCUCUGCUUCUUCGUCUGUCUUUCACUUCCACCUGCAAGAUGGCGGGGGCUUCAGUGAAAGUCGCUGUUAGGGUCAGACCGUUCAACUCCAGAGAGAUUGGAAAGGAGAGCAAAUGUAUCAUUCAGAUGUCAGGCAACACCACGACAAUUCUCAAUCCCAAGCAACCCAAAGAAAACAAAAGUUUCAAUUUUGACUUUUCGUACUGGUCACACACUACGCCUGAGGACAUCAACUAUGCGUCCCAGAUGCAGGUCUAUAAGGACAUCGGCGAGGAGAUGCUGCUUCACGCUUUCGAGGGCUACAACGUUUGCAUUUUUGCUUACGGGCAGACAGGAGCUGGCAAAAGCUACACCAUGAUGGGACGGCAAGAGCAGGACCAGCAGGGGAUCAUACCUUUGCUGUGCGAAGACCUUUUCACCAAGAUCAAUGACAGCAAUAAUGACAACAGCAAGUCUUACUCCGUGGAGGUGAGUUACAUGGAGAUCUAUUGCGAGCGUGUGCGUGAUCUACUGAACCCCAAAAACAAAGGCAACCUGCGAGUCAGAGAGCAUCCUCUGAUGGGCCCCUACGUGGAAGAUUUGUCCAAACUAGCAGUGACCUCAUACAAUGACAUCCAGGAUCUGAUGGACUCGGGAAACAAAGCCAGAACUGUUGCUGCUACCAACAUGAAUGAGACCAGCAGCCGCUCCCAUGCUGUCUUCAACAUCAUCUUCACCCAGAAGAAACAUGACAUGGAGACCGACAACACAUCUGAGAAGGUCAGUAAGAUCAGCCUGGUAGAUUUGGCUGGCAGUGAGAGAGCAGAUUCAACAGGAGCUAAAGGAACCAGACUGAAGGAGGGAGCAAACAUCAACAAGUCUCUGACUACUCUGGGAAAGGUCAUCUCUGCUCUGGCUGAACUGGAUUCGGCUCCAAAUAAGAACAAGAAAAAGAAGAAGGUGGAGAGCUUCAUACCAUACAGAGAUUCUGUUCUGACCUGGUUGCUAAGGGAAAACUUAGGAGGAAACUCUCGGACGGCGAUGGUAGCGGCCCUUAGCCCCGCUGACAUUAACUAUGAUGAAACUCUCAGCACACUUCGUUAUGCGGACCGUGCCAAACAGAUUCGCUGUAACGCCGUCAUCAACGAGGACCCCAACAACCGGCUGGUGCGUGAGCUGAAAGAAGAGGUGGCUCGUCUCAAAGACCUGCUGUACGCUCAGGGGCUGGGCGACAUCAUCGAGACAUAUCGCUGCAACAGUGCAGUCGUCGACAGUUUGAAAUACCUGUGCGAUUACAAGAACUUUGUGAAUAAUCGCCAGGCUGUCAGUCAAGGGAGUGAUCUCUCCACAGUGUCAAACGCCAUGACAGGAAUGAGUCCCUCUCCCUCACUGUCGGCCCUCUCCAGUCGGGCCGGCUCCAUUGCAAACCUCCAUGAUCGCAUCUUCAGCCCCGCCAGUGAAGAGGCCAUUGAACGGCUCAAGGAAACCGAGAAGAUCAUUGCGGAGCUCAAUGAGACCUGGGAAGAGAAGCUACGACGUACUGAAGCUAUUCGCAUGGAGAGAGAAGCCCUGCUGGCCGAGAUGGGUGUUGCAAUGAGAGAAGAUGGCGGUACUGUGGGUGUUUUCUCUCCCAAAAAGACUCCUCACUUGGUGAACCUGAAUGAAGACCCUCUGAUGUCUGAGUGUCUGCUCUACUACAUUAAAGAUGGGACUACUAAGGUGGGACGUGAAGAUGCAAAGACACGUCAGGACAUUGUCCUAAGUGGCCAUUUCAUCAAAGAUGAACACUGCACCUUUAGUAGCACCACAGGCCCACAAGGAGAAAGUUGUGUUAUCCUUGAGCCGUGUGAAGAAGCAGAGAUGUAUGUCAAUGGAAAGAGAGUGACAUCACCCAUUGUACUGCGUUCUGGCAAUCGCAUCAUCAUGGGCAAGAGCCAUGUAUUCCGCUUCAAUGACCCGGAGCAGGCUCGGCUCGAGCGUGAAAGGACGCCGUGCGCUGAGACUCCAGUGGAGCCGGUUGACUGGGCUUUUGCACAGCGGGAACUGCUGGAGAAGCAAGGAAUUGACAUGAAGCAGGAGAUGGAACAGAGACUUCAGGAACUCGAGGAUCAGUACCGCAAGGAACGAGAAGAGGCUAGUAACUUACUGGAACAACAGAGGCUGGACUACGAGAGUAAAUUGGAGGCGCUGCAGAAACAAGUGGAUUCUCGCUACCUCGAGUCCCCUGAGGAGGAGGAGGAGCCUGAAGAAGAAGUGCCAUGGACCAAGCGUGAGACAGAGCUGGCUCUGUGGGCUUUCCGAAAGUGGCGCUUCUACCAGUUCACCUCACUCCGUGAUCUUCUGUGGGGCAACGCCAUCUUCCUCAAAGAGGCCAAUGCUAUCAGUGUGGAGCUUAAGAAGAAGGUGCAGUUCCAGUUCGUCUUGCUGACUGACACGCUCUACUCACCGCUGCCUCCGGACCUGUUGCCCCCCAGUGUCGCCCAAGAGCGAGAGAGACGACCUUUCCCUCAAACAAUCGUAGCGGUGGAAGUCCAGGACCAAAAGAAUGGAGCUACGCAUUACUGGACCCUGGAGAAGCUUAGGCAGAGACUGGACCUCAUGAGAGAAAUGUAUGACCGAGCUGCGGAGCUGCCCAACAGUGCAGUAGAGGACUGCGACCAUGCCCUUACAGGAGGUGACCCCUUUUACGACCGCUUCCCCUGGUUCCGUCUGGUGGGCAGAGCUUUUGUGUACCUAAGUAACUUGCUGUAUCCGGUACCCCUGGUCCACCGUGUGGCUGUUGUCAGCGAGAAAGGGGAGGUGAAGGGAUUUCUCAGGGUGGCUGUGCAGGCCAUUUCAGCUGAUGAGGAGGCUCCAGAUUAUGGCUCUGGAGUGAGGCAGUCAGGCACAGCCAAGAUCUCAUUUGAGGAUAAACAAUUUGAGAAGUUUCAGACCGAAUCCUGCUCUGGUGGACUUUCCCACUCAAACACCUCCCAGGAUGAGCUGCGGAUCGUGGAGGGUGAGGGUCAAAAUGUGGAGCUGGGGAUCUCCGCAGAUGAAGUCAAUAACAACACAUGUGAAGCUGCUCAGGAGCCUCCAGUUAGCCCAGUAAAGAGCUCCAGUUUGGGCCUAGAUCUUCCUCUCGAUCUCUCCUUGGAGAAAGCGUUGUCUCACCUGAAGAUCGGCAGCACUUUCACUUUCAGAGUCACCGUCUUACAAGCUUCCAGCAUCUCUGCUGAAUAUGCAGACAUCUUCUGCCAGUUCAACUUCAUUCACCGUCAUGAUGAAGCAUUUUCCACUGAACCUCUGAAGAACACUGGCAGAGGACCGCCGCUGGGCUUCUACCACGUCCAGAAUAUCACGGUGGAGGUGACCAAGUCAUUUGUGGAGUACAUCAAGACUCAGCCCAUUGUUUUUGAGGUGUUUGGUCACUAUCAGAAACAGCCGUUCCCCCCUCUCUGCAAGGACUUGAUCAGCCCACUGAGACCCUCCAGAAGACAGUUUCCCAGAGUGAUGCCCUUAUCCAAACCAGUGCCGGCUACCAAGCUCAGCACUCUGACCCGCACAACUGCCGGACCCUGUCACGCCAAAUAUGACCUCAUGGUGUUCUUUGAGAUUUGUGAGCUUGAAGCCAACGGAGACUACAUCCCUGCUGUUGUUGACCACAGGGGUGGGAUGCCCUGUCAUGGCACCUUCCUCUUACAUCAGGGCAUUCAGAGGAGGAUCACUGUGACAAUCGCUCAUGAGACAGGAAAUGAUAUUGAGUGGAAAGAGGUGAAGGAGCUCGUCAUUGGGCGCAUACGAAACACCCCAGAAGCUGACGAGACCAUCAUCGACCCGAACAUCCUCUCACUCAACAUCCUGUCAUCUGGAUAUUUCUGGCCCAAACACGAUGACAACGUCUCUUUGGGAGUUGAUCAUAGAACCUUCUAUCGGUUUGAGGCAGCCUGGGACAGCUCCAUGCACAACUCCCUGCUCCUGAACAGAGUUACUCCCUACGGAGAGAAGAUCUACAUCACCCUCUCUGCUUAUCUAGAGAUGGAGAACUGCACUCAACCUACUGUCAUCACCAAAGAUUUCUGCAUGGUCUUCUACUCCCGCGACGCCAAGCUGCCGGCCUCUCGCUCCAUCAGAAACCUCUUCAGCACCGGCUGCCUACGACCUUCUGAAAGCAACCGUGUGACCGGAGUGUAUGAGGUUACUCUCUGUCAUGUAGCAGACAAUGGAAGUCCAGGCAUGCAGCGCCGUCGCAGGCGUGUUCUUGACACCUCAGUUGCUUACGUGAGAGGAGAAGAGAACCUGGCAGGAUGGAGGCCUCGCAGUGACAGCCUGAUUCUUGAUCAUCAGUGGGAGCUGGAGAAACUCAGCUUGCUGCAGGAGGUGGAGAAGACCAGACACUAUCUGCUGCUGAGGGAGAAGCUGGAAGCCACUCUACAGGCUGGACAGGAAGUGCUUUACAAGAACGCCGACUUCUGUGACUUUGCCAAGAGCCCGGUCUUGAGCCACAGUCCCAGCAGCAGCCCCAUCCCCGGCAGCCCGAACCAGAGGCAGAGGGAGCUGGCUGCUAAGUGUCUGCGUCUGCUGAUGCACACCUUCAACAGGGAGUACAGCCAGGUGAGCAGCAGUGCCAGUGAGAGCAAGCUUUCUGAGAUGUCUGCGUCCCUGAUGAGAGAGUCCACCUCGUCUCUGAGCACGCUCACUCCGUCCUCCACCUGCCCCUCACUGGUAGAGGGACACUUUGACCUUCGACUCACUGAACCCAGUUCUGGAGCCUCGACCCCAGAUCUGGAUCCGUUCAGCCCGGUGGACAGAAAGAAGGCACUGAGAGGAUUCACCUUUGUUCCUGACAUCCAGGAGAUCCGAGUCAGUCCUAUCGUGUCAAAGAAGGGAUACCUUCACUUCCUGGAGCCCCACACCAGUGGCUGGGUGAAGCGCUACGUGGUGGUCCGCAGACCCUACGUCUACCUGUACCGCAGUGAGAGGGACAGUGUGGAGCGGGCGGUCAUUAACCUGUCGUCCGCCAAGGUGGAAUACAGUGAAGACAAGCAGACCUUACUGAGGACCCCCAACACAUUUGCCGUCUGUACCGAGCACCGUGGGAUCCUCCUGCAGGCCAACAAUGACAAAGAGAUGCACGACUGGCUGUAUGCUUUUAACCCGCUGUUGGCUGGCACCAUCAGAUCAAAACUGUCACGGAGAAAGUCGGCCCAGUCCAUGCCGUCGGGCCAGACUCCUCAGAGGACCUGAGCUUUCGUAAGAAAAGUCAAACACCCUGAACAAUCUAAAGUCUCCUCCUCCUCCUCCUCCAUCAAACAUUAACCAUGUAAACCAAGUCAUCCAAGAAACAGUGAAGUGCUGCUGUUCAACAGUCGAAGAAGGCCUCUGGCGCCCCCUGCAGUCGCUCCCAGCUCGUAGCUCAUUUGCAUGAAGAUGAACUAACAAUCCAACCUUCACGAGGACUCGUGUCUUUAUUUAGGUGUAGCUGUGACCUGUGAUGAAUAUAAGCAACAUUUCUACGCAGUGAGCCGUCGCUUCUUCAGGCGUUUGUUCAAAACUAACCGGCUGUGGAGGAAGACGGCCUCACAGUAGCAGGAGGAAGCUGUCAGGGCAGUGUUUUUAGCUUGUUUAUGAGAACAUCGGUUUUGUGUUUGUUUUCAUAGCCUUUCUUGCACGUCACCACAGUGAGUUGUCGUAGCUACUGUUACGUCUGAGCACUUUUAAUGUCCAUUUGUGUCGCACCUCUGACCUGCUCGGUUACAUUUGCACUUUAUGUCCAUUCAUUUUGGCUCGAUUUUUACCAAAGCGUGUUUUAAUUUUCACAGGACAAACAUUGAAAAAAGUGGAGCUGCACAUUGUUAGGAAGCGUUGUGGCUUGUUUUUUUACACUCCCCUCCCACGUCUGUCCUCGUGAGAGUCCAGUGUGACUCGAGAGUGGAGAGGGAUUCGGCUAAUGUUGCGAGCAAAAUGGUUCAAAUUCAGUUUCCAAUGAGCGUAAACAAUCCGUGUAAAAUAUAAUUUUGAAAAUUGCUAAUUUAAUGUGCAGCUCUUACAUUAUUUUUUAAAUUUAAGUUUUACAUAUUAAUUGUUCUUAUUUAAGCUUUCAUAUUUACAUUUGUACAGUUCCUGUGUGCACUUUUUUUCGUGGAGGCUUCUCAUUGAUGAUCAUUCAGUAGCCAGUUCUGGACCUGUCAUGACUCCGUUCCCCAUUUGACCGACCAGUGCCUCCAUUUCUGUACCUCCCGUCGUUAUCGCCUGCACAUUUGUAAAUGUAAAAAACGCUUUUGAAAAGUGGAUCUUAUUAGUUCGCCUUUAACUGCUCUGUGGUCUGAUCCUUGGCUGUAAGUGUCUUUUAUUCUCACUGUAGCUGCAGCGUACACACAAGAGGCUUUAGCUGUUCUGUCCAAGGUGACCCAGAUAUGUUUCUCAGAUUUAGAGGGAGCUUUUCACAGAAGACGUGGUCUACCAGCCAUUCAAGUCUGGAAGAAUUUCAGAGUGUGUGCCACAGGCCAGACAACCUGCUGAGCACUGCUGGUUUUCUCCAGGGAGAAGUCUGAUCCUAGGGGUGUGUUGUGGGUCACCUUAGAAGCUAUAUGCAGUCAUCCCCGCUUUAUUCAACAUAGAAUUUAUUUAAUACUUUCAAGCAGAGUAGUUUUUGUGUCCAAAAUCAUUUACUCACCUGCUUUAUAGAGGCUUGUAAACACCAAUUUAUGAAGUGUCAUUUUUAAAAAGUGAGUUAAUGGAGAUUGGCUUCUCCGGACCGUCAGCCCUCUGGAUCGAAGCAUGCGGGUCCACGUCUCCCUCAGCCUCCUCUCUCCUCGCCUUAGUGCUUGCUAACCGACUCCGGCUUGUAAAUUAUCGUCGUACUGGAAACCGUGGCUCCAUCUUGUAUAUAAAUGAAGUGUUUAUUCUGACCCCACGGGUGAUAAACUCCCCUCAACUGUCAACUGACCAGUCCUUAUUUGUCGCCUCAUAGCUCAACUGCUAAUCUGAGAUCGGCUUUGAACGUGAAACAGGCUCUGGAUUGGCGAUGAAGUGCUCUCCUUUAUCUUGUUCUGGAGUCAUCUCCCAUGUGUGUGGACUCAUAAACGUUGUCAAGAAAAAAUGAGGAUCAAUAAAUGAGUGUUGAAACUUA